AUGCCCGAGCCAGAAGCAACUCCCGAGUUCCAGGCUACUGCCGACCUCUCGCCUCUCUCUCCAUCCCCUCUGCACUCCGCCGCCCCCGCCGUUGUGCCUGCCCUCCAGGAUACUGCUGAUAUCCUUGAUGCAAUGUCCGCCCAAACUAAUGGAGUCGCCCCAGGCGGCGUAGGCGCACCGGUCCCGGUCGAGUACAAUCCUAGCGUUGAGUAUCAAAAUGGUACUGGCGGCGAUGCCGACGCUCAGGACGAUGCCGACAGUCUCAACGACGCCUACGGCGAAGAAGAAGAGACAGGCGCGGACAAGGUUCAGGAACAGCAGGUGGAGCCGGAUGACGGCGAGGAUGAAUACCUCAAGUCCUUCGACUCUCCCGCCGGAGGCGCGGAUGAGGAUGGCGCUGAUCAGGAUGAUGUAUCAAAGGCACGAGAAUCCAUGCACAAUUCCGCCGCGUCUGAUACUUUGACAAGCCCUGUUACUGAUCCCUCGUCGGCUUCCAACGAGCCCGCUGCGACAGCUGCCGCCCACCAAGGAGCUGAAUCGAGCGCUGCCAUCGCCUCGUCCAACAGACGAGAUGUCCAAUUCGAGGAUGACCCCGCCAGUGACAUAUCUCGACUUGUCGCUGAGAUGACCGGCCAGGCCAGCGAGGCCGAUAACAACGCAAACCCAGUUGGUGCCGGCUCUGCCUCUGCUUCUGCUCAGAGCUACGAUGCCCAGUCGUCGUCCAACAUGCCCUCGUCGACGCCCGCCACUGCCACCCUUCCUCCUAGACCUCCCUUGCCAUCCCAGGCAUCUCCCACUUAUCCCAUUCAGAAUCUCCAUGCGGUCGCUCCCCCGACCCCCGGCCAGCCAUCGACGUACGUAGCGGCAGGUGCGCCUGGUACAACGCCCGAUGCAUACGGCGGUGCCUUGCCACCGCCUCCCCCAACAGGCUUGAAUGCGAGCGUUCCCAUCACUUCCAUGACCGCGCCUCCGUAUCCCCAAACGAAUGAUACUACUAACAGACAGGGUGCCUGGGACCAGUUCAUCGCAGACGAGCGCCGUUACAUGGCCGAAGCCAAGUGGGAUAAGUUCCCUGAUGGCUCACGCAUUUUCAUUGGUUCGCGCUCUCUCUCAUCAGGCAGACCCGACGGCGCCAUUGACUUUUUUUCAGGCAACCUGUCCAGCGAACGUGUUUCUAAGCGCGAUGUAUUUGACAUCUUUUCCAAGUACGGCCGUCUCGCGCAGAUCUCCCUCAAGUCCGCCUACGGAUUCGUCCAGUACCAUAAUUUGGAAGAUGCACAUGCUGCCAUGGACAAUCUGCAAGGCAUCGAGAUAAAGGGACGCAAGAUUCAUCUCGAGUUUUCUCGGGCGCAGAAAAAGAAGGAUAACAAUGAGCGGAACCGGUCGCCAGACCGUUCUCGUGGUGGACGACAGUCCGGCCGCCAAGAUCGGCAGGAUGGCGGUAACCAGAACCAGGACCGACGCAGCCGGGACGAUUACCGACCGGGACGGAAUUCUCCUUCCAGGCGAAACAACGGCAGCUACGGCAGGGACGACAACAAUAACAACAGCAGCAGGGACCGUUACCAAUACGAUGAUCGGUCACGCGGUCGUUCCAGGUCGCCGCAAGGACACGGCCGUCAUGAUGGUUACCGUUGGCGCGAGCCAAGCCCCCCCAAGGCCUACGGCCACGGUGCGGCGAAUGAGGAUCGUCUUGACCUUCCUCGCCGCUACGGUAGUGAGGUUCCGGAUGUACAAUUCCUGCUGCUUCAGGAUGUCGGCAAUGAUUUCGUUGCCUGGGUUCAGCGGGCUUUCACCGACAGAGGUCUCAAGGUGGCCGUUAUGUUCUUCAAUCCCACAUUCCCUCGUGAGGCUGUCAUUCAAAGACAGGUGGUCGAGGGAGUGCACGCCAUCGUCGACCUUGACAUGCAAUCUCACCAUUACGGCAAGAUCCCUUUGAGAGUGUUUGACCGCUCCUCGGGCGUCAGCGCCAGGUACGAUGAUUACCGCGAUCUAGACCCCCCAAUCGCGGCAGAACUCGUCCUCCGAGCGAAGGCGACAGCAGCCGCUGCUGCACCGCCUCCUUAUCAAGGUGCACCGCCUCAGCAGCCCUACCAAGGCUAUGGCGGUCAGCCAUAUGGAGGCCCUCAACCACCCCAGGCCCACACGCCAAACUAUCCCGGUCAGGGCCCGCGUGGCCCACCUCAGGCACCGCAUCCCCAGGCGCCAGCGCCAGCAGUUAACGCGGCUGACCUCGCCAGUGUUAUGAAUGGUAUUGAUAACGCAACGCUUCAGCGACUUCUAGCUAGCAUUGGGGGACAAGGGGCCGCUAACAGCGCUGCCGGACCUCCCAAUGCUCAACUCCAGGCGUUACUUGGCAGCAUUCAAACGGCGCCCCCAGUGGCACCGACCCAGCCAGCCUCGUACGGUGUCUUCCCUCCGAACGGUGCACCUGCUGGCCCACCCAGCGGUAACCCACCUUCAGGGCCCGGCGGCGGUGAUCAGGCGGCCCAGGUCCAAAACAUCAUGGCACAACUGGCUAGAUACCGGCAGUGA